ACAAGACGAGAUGUCCUCGGUGUGUUCUGCAGGACUUUUGUGCGCUGAACCUUGCCAUCACUAGUUGGCAUGCAUGCUGCAACCAACAAGAGCGGACAUUAGGUGCGCCUGGUUGCCUUUCUUGCAUCCCCUCCAGCAAUCUGGAUGGAGAGCUACUCCCUCCUUUACAGCUCGUCCCACAGAACCGAGCUGCUCGGGCGCUUCCAGCGGCUGCGCUCGGACAGGAAGAUGUGCGACGUGGUGCUGGAAACCGACGGCGCUUCCUUCCCCUGCCACCGAGCCCUCCUGGCGAGCUCCAGCAAUUAUUUCUGGGCGCUGUUCGGGGACUCCACGGCGGAGAGAUUAGCGCCGUCUAUAAGGCUCCCGGCACUGACGCCCGGGGGUUUAGACGCCAUUUUGGACUUCCUGUACUCCGGCUGGCUAAGGGUGUCACCGAGCACGCUCCCUGACGUUCUGGAGACGGCGAGGUACCUGCAAGUGGACACGGCCGUGACCAUAUGCGAGCGCUACAUCACCGACGGGCUCAGUGCUGAGAACUGCUGCAGCUACGCUAACCUAGCGGAGCACCAUGCGCUUCCUGAUGUGCUGGACGCCGCCAACGACACCAUUGCCACGGAGAUGGCCAAGCUGCUGCAGGAAAGAAGAGACGACCUCCUCGAAUUGAACGUCCAAUCGCUCAUGGCGGUGCUGGAUGCCGAUGAAAUCCCCGCAGUCAAAGAAGUGGAGCUUGUCAAACUGGCUCUGGAUUGGCUGAAUGAGAAUGGGCCCCUCCCACUGCUGCAAUCCAACCUCCUGCUAAGUCGUCUGCGCUUCGGAUUGGUCGCCCCUUCUGACCUUGCACACCUUGUCCAUGCCCACAGAGCCAUGGCCACACCUCUGAUAAGAAGCCAGGUGACCCGGGCGCAGGAGUACCACAGAACAGGCUCAGCCGGGCCGAUCAGGCAGAACAAACAGUCCACACUCAGGGCGCCGCCUGAUCGCAUGCUGCUCGUCGGCGGAGGGUCCAGCACGGACCGACCGGAGCAGCAGGUGCUGACGUUCAAUAUGAAAACCAGGACGUUUGCGUCUUUGACUUCCUGUCUGCCACUGAGACUGAGGAACCACUGUGUGUGCUCCUUGGGGGGCUUCCUCUUCGUGGUCGGCGGGGAGCUGGUGAGCGAGGCGGACGGGAAGCCGGUCACCGUGGAAACGUCCAAUCAAGUGUGGAGGUACGAUCCCCGCUUCGACUGCUGGCAGCAGGUGGAGUCCAUGCUGCAGAGCCGGGCCAAGUUCGCCUGCUGCACCCUGGAGGACACCAUCUACGCCAUCGGGGGGCAAAAUGCAGAUGCCAACGUAUCCGCCACACUAGCUUCUGUCGAGUUCUAUGACAUGGUGGCAGGGGCGUGGAGGAGGGGUGCGCCCUUGCCCGGCCCUCUCCACGGCCAUGCUUGUGCCGUGCUGGACCACAACAUCUACGUGUCAGGUGGUCUCUCAAGCAACAGCGGCGUGGUCAUGAUCCCGGGCCAGAGCCAAAGCAGCAGGGAGGUUCUGCGCUGGGACGGCAUGGGAAGAGCCUGGAAGAAGAGGGCGCCCAUGUCCAUUGGCAGGUUCUGCCACCGCCUGGCAACCGCCCACGGUUACAUUUACGCCCUCCUGGGGAUGUACGAGCCCUUCUGCGACAUCGAGCGCUACGACCCGCGAGCGGAUCGCUGGACGCGUCUCAGGCCACUCCUCGCCGCCACCUUCAACUACGGGAUGGCGGCGACGCCAAGCGGGAGCCUGGUGGUGUUCGGCGGGACAAAAUGGAGCAACGCUCAGGAGGUGGUGGUGAAGAGCGUGCUGGAGUACGACCCCAAGAAAGACCAUUGGAGGGAGAUUGCUCAGCUGCCAAGACCCCUCACAGGAAUGGAGUGCACCUUACUGCCAAUGCCAGAUUAAAAUGCGUCCAAAUUUGGAUCAGAUUCUGCAGAGGCCAAUGCCAUUUAAUGCAUAUUUGGUCCACUAUGCUAAUAUUAGGAGCUAGCAUGUUGAACUACAGUAAUUACUCCACAGUUCUAACGUAUGGGAGACAAAGCUGGGCAUACAAUGUGUGAAUUAAGCUAGUUUUUAGCAUGAUUCAGGUACAUAAAAAGCAUUACUCAUACGGCACACCCCCAGCUUGAGAAGGAAAAUCGAGCCGAGAGAUCUUUAAGGACAAGGUCAGAAAGUUUAGCAGGAUAAGCCGCGUUGUCAAGCAGAGGAGAAAGGUCACAAAGGUGCAAGAGGAUACGCCGGCUGAAUACUUUCUAGAAGGCGUAGAAGAAAACAUGCAUUUAGCAGCCAUUAUUGAUUACAUUUCAGCGUGGAAUCUGCUGUGUUUUGGAUUUUUUGUUUGGCACAAUCAAAGAUGCAGAGGGGGGGGAAAAAACAUCCCA